AUGGGCAGUACGGACAAGAAGACCAUGCCAGGUGAGAUAGUGCCCGAAUCAUCUUUGACUUCAGUGAGCUCAUGUAAUGGAGACUGCACCCACACGGCGGAUUGCAGCGAGAAACCCGAGUCGAAUAGAGCAUUACCAAAUACACUUGAGAAGGAGAUUUUGGAAAGGCAAUUGGACUUCCAAGAUGUCAAAGCAUCUUUCUUCGGUCUUUACAGCCAUGCAACUUGGGUCGACAUAGUUAUAGUUCUUGUCAGCACUCUCGCUGCCAUCGCUGCAGGAGCACUGCAUCCAACUGCCCCUAUCGUCAACGCUUAUUUAGUCCAAUUCUUUGCACGUGCUGGAACGGAGGGCGAUACAUUGACUGCGAUAAUCAACCAGUUCACAUUGUACUAUGUUUACUUCUUUAUCGUUUCUCUGGUAUCCUGGACAGUCGCUACCGCUGGCUUCAUCCACACCGCAGCCAGGAUCGCGCGCAGAAUAAAGACCAAAUACUUCGCCGCUGUUCUCAAGCAGAACAUGGCUGUCUUUGAUGAAGUAGGCACUGGCUCGAUCCUAUCACACCUUACAUCCGACACGAACAUGAUUCAGGAGGCUCUGGGGUCCAAACUUGCUAUCAGCAUCGCAGCCAUUGGCAAUCUGACGGGCACGGUCAUUGUGUGUUUCGCAUUGGACUGGAUCUUAACUUUCAUCCUUUCGUGGUCAUUCAUAUUGGGCACCUCAGUACUGAUCCUUAGCGGCAAGGCCACAGUUCGCUACAGUGGCCGAUCUCUCGAUGCAUCUUCGGCGGGCACUGCCGUUGUUGAAGAGGCCCUUGGCUCAAUCAAGAGUACCACAGCCUUGGGUAUGCAAAAAUUUGUCCAUCGCACUUAUACGGACUACUUAAAGAAGGCAUCCAAGCACGGUUUUGUCCUCAAAACAUUGAAUUCCUCAAUGAUCAGCCUCUGCGUUGCUAGUGGCUACAUCAACGUUGCGCUCGGAUUUUGGCAGGGCUCGAGACGCUUAACGGACGGCAUCACGCCGUUUACACAUGUCGUGGCCAUCACCCUAGUCCUUAAGUCAGCGGCGUUCUGUGUUUUGAACGUCGGCUCCAAUCUCGAGGCCUUCAACAUGGCAGUUGCAGCAGCCAGCCGCAUUUACAGGAUGAGCCAUCGCGAAUCGCCGAUCGACUCAUCUUCUGACAAAGGCACUGUCCCUCAAUACGUCGAUGGCACCAUAGAGCUCCGGAAUAUCAAACACAUCUACCCCAGUCGCCAAAGCGUUCGAGUUUUGGAUGAUGUAAAUAUACUGUUCCCAGCUGGUAAAAUCACAGCCAUUGUGGGCCCGUCGGGUUCUGGAAAGAGUUCGAUCGCCAGCCUGAUAUUGCGCUUCUAUGAUCCUGUUUCUGGAGGUAUCUUUCUUGAUGGCAGCAACUUAACAUCCUUUCGUUUGCGAUGGUUGCGGCAGCAGAUUCAUGUCGUACAACAGGAACCAUUUUUGUUCAAUAAGACUGUGUAUGAGAAUAUUGAGUUUGGCCUGACUGGUCCACAGUGGGACAACACCUCCGAAGACGAGAAGCGCCGUCUUGUGGUCAAUGCAGCCAAAGUUGCGCAGGCCCACGAUUUCAUCACAAAACUACCUGAAGGUUACGAUACCAUGGUUGGAGCCAAGGGCUCGAGGCUCUCGGGUGGGCAGGCUCAGCGCGUGGCUAUAGCACGGGCAUUGGUGGGCCAGCCGCGGAUUCUCAUACUUGAUGAGGCGACAUCAGCACUUGAUAGCGAGACGGAAGCCAGAGUCUUGGCAGCCAUGAGCGAGAGUCAUCCCAGUUGCAACAAGAUUGUGAUUGCACACCGUCUUUCGACCAUCCGAGAUGCGGACAAGAUCGUUGUACUCCGUGCGGGUCAUGUGGUCGAGGAGGGCACUCACACAGAUCUCAUGGCUAGUCGUUCGGUGUAUUUCGAUCUCGUCAAAGCCCAAGAUCUGAGCGAGCAUAGAGAAACACAGACAUCGCCUCUGUUAACCGGGAAAGUUGAGGAAAGUACCAAAGAUUUUGUCUCCAGGGCCUCCAAAGACGGCACUAGCGAUGGAGAUGAUGCUUCGUUUUUGAUCAGCGAGGAGCUAGACACUGGGAAGCGAUCUUCAUCAUUGUGGUCAUUGAUCCGAUUUGGGUGGAACCUCAAUCGACCCGAGUUGUGGUGGGUAAUACUUGGUCUCAUUUGCGCUGCCAUUGCUGGCUUUGAGGAGCCAGGAUCUGCCAUACUCUUCGGGAAAGCGAUUGUGUCCAUCUCGCAGCCAUUGUCCGAGGCUGAAAAGAUCCGCUCUGAAACCGGCUUCUACUCUUGGAUGUUCUUUUUACUAGCCAUGGUAAUGCUAGUGGUCCUCGCCGUUGAGGGUAUCGUAUUCGCGUGGUGCUCUGAGAAAAUGAGCAAUCGAGCACGCAGCAUGGCCCUCGAAAAGAUGCUGAGAAUGGAAGUUGCAUUCUUCGACAAGAAGAAAAACUCAUCGGGCGCAUUGGCAAGCUUUCUUUCUACCUCAACGAAUGACCUUGCCGGCGUUAGUGGUGCCGCUCUCAGCGUCAUUCUCAUAUGUGCAUCUACUGCAAUCUGCGGUAUUGUCGUCGCACUCGCAUACGGGUGGAAGCUUGCUCUUGUAUGCUUGGCACUAUUUCCACUGCUGCUCGCGUCGGGCUAUUUUGGUGUUUGGCUCGUUGGUGAAUUCGAGCGACAUACCGAAGCGUUUAAUAACGAAGCAGCCGAGCACGCCAACGAGACCUUGUUGGGCAUCCGAACCGUGGCAACCAUGGCUAGGGAGGAAAAGGCGUUGAGUCAAUUCAAAGGGACGCUCAAAGCGACGUCAAGCCGUGCAUUGAGAGCGAACUUGCAGACAUCAUUUCUCUAUGCCCUAGCACAAGCCAUUUACUAUGCGGGAAUGGCCUUAACCUUCUGGUAUGGCAGCCGCCUGAUCAUGCAGCACGAGUACACUCUCGACCAGUUUAUUGUUGUCCAAUCUUCUAUGUUGAUGAGUGCCUAUUCGGCUGGCCUCGUUUUCUCGUGGACUCCCAGCAUGGGAAAGGCCAAACGAGCUUCAGCUAUGCUGCAACAUCUGCUGCGCCAGAAGUCUUCGAUUGAUCCCUUAGACCCCUCGGCUGGUAUUGAUCCAGGCGUCCCAAAAGGCCGCAUUGAGUUUGAUGCUGUAACAUUCUCUUACCCUUCCCGCCAAGAUCAUGCUGCAUUGAGAGACCUGUCGUUUACCAUUCCUGUGGGGUCGAACAUAGCCUUCGUAGGACCGACAGGUUCCGGCAAGAGUACCAUUAUUUCCAUGAUUGAACGCUUCUACGAUCCUACACGAGGAGCAAUCCGAAUCGAUAAUCAACCUCUUUCUUCACUACAGGUGGCUAAAUACAGACAACACAUUGGUCUCGUCAACCAAGAUCCAACGUUAUACAACGGAACAAUUCAUAUGAAUCUUUUGGUUGGACUAGAAGACGAAGGUAUUAGGCCAUCAAAGGAGGCCGUUGAAGAUGCCUGUAGACAAGCGAACAUAUUCGAAUUCAUCAAGAGUUUACCGAAAGAGUUUGAGACGACUGUCGGGAACCGAGGAACCCAAUUGAGCGUAGGCCAGAAGCAACGCAUCGCCCUCGCCAGAGCGCUGAUCCGCCAGCCAAGUAUACUUCUUCUUGACGAGGCCACAUCGUCUCUGGACUCGCAGUCCGAGUCUCUGAUUCGUGAUGCUUUGGAAAAGGCCAAGAAAGGACGAACGACUAUCACCAUUGCCCAUAGAUUGAGCACUAUCGUCAAGGCAGACCGAAUUUACGUUCUGGACCAGGGCACGAUCGUAGAAUCCGGUACGCAUGCGGAUCUGAUGAAUUCGAAGGGCCGAUAUCAUGCUUUAUUUGUCGCGAGUAGUAGUGGGCAGGCGAUAUAG